GGGACUCGCAUAGAUAAUCUCUCACUCAACCGUUGGCUUUGCACAGCUCAAAAGGCCUAAUCGAGAGAAACGGGCGGCUUGAGGUGGUCAAGCCAGUGCCAGGAAUCAUGGGCGACAAGACUUUCCACUAUGAGCAGCGACAGCUGGAGAAUGAUCUCGUCGCUCUCGUGCCAUUCGAGCCCAGUGUCCAUACAACACCUUUCGUUGAGAUGAUCAAGACCUACCCGGAAAUGUUUACGUACAUUCCCUUCCCAGUCAUAAACAACGAGGAGGACUUCAUGAGAGAGGCCUACGAGGCUAUACGCUCCUCGCCGGCAGACUGUCUGUUCGCAGUCAUGGACAAGGCCGCCACUCCUGGAGCGGGGGAUACGAGCGCGAAGUUCGCCGGCGUGGUGUCCUUGUUUGCCACGAACCCGGUCAAUGCGGUCACUGAAGUCGGCGUCAUGAUCUUCCCAGCCUUCCAGCGCACCCACGUGGCGACGAACGCGAUAGGCCUCCUCCUCUUUUGGACGCUCGAUCCGCCCUCCGCCGGCGGUCUGGGCCUGCGACGCGUUGUAUGGCAAACCCACGCGGGGAACGCGGUAUCUCGAAAGACUGCUUCGCGGAUCGGGUUCGAGUUCGAAGGCAUCGCGAGGUGGGAUCGUGUGUUCCCGCACGGCAAAGUUGCACUCUCCGCGGAAGCUCUUCGAACAAGAAAUGGUACGCAAGAGGAACAGCCGGGAAGGCACACCGCUGUCUAUUCAAUCGUAUGGGAUGAGUGGGAGGACAAGAGACCUAAAAUCGCAGCGCUGAUGGAACGGAAACAGUGAGGUUCAGAUAGAUUGCCUCGAGUGCGGUCAUGUAGGUCAAAUCCUCGAGGGCACUCUCGAAGUCCACAAAUGCCCUAGAAUGAGACGACUCGAACCGCCCUUCAGCUUCGAAUCUUGACCUCGUCGUCGCAGAUGGGGGGCAGCCAGGUGCGGCAGGUGG